AUGGCUGAUACUGCCGAUCUCCCUGACCGCAAACCCCGCAAGUCGGUCCAAUUUUCCGAAGGUGCUACGAUUGUCGACAGCAACGGCGACGUUACCGAAUCACUAGAGAUGAACGGCGACAAGGACUCCGCCGAGGGCCACGCCGCGAGUGCUGGCGACGACAAAGAGGUCGAGGAGGUCACCGACAUGUUCGCUGAUCUCGCAAAGAAGAAGAAGAAGAAGUCCUCCAAGAAGAAGGAAGGCGAGGAAGAGGACGGCGCAGAGGGCGACUUCGCCGCGCUGAAGAAGAAGAAGAAGUCCAGCAAGAAGAAGGUCGAGGACGACUUCGAGGCCAAGCUCGCUGCCGCCGGUGGAGACAAGCCCGAAGGCGAGGAGGAGGUCGCUGCUCCCGAACCCGAAGUACAAGAAGGCGACAUGAUGAAGGGCACCGGCAUCUGGGAACACAACUCGACGACCCCCAUCUCGUACAACCUCCUCCUGAACCGCUUCUUCACGCUCCUCCACGCACAACAUCCCGACCUCGCCAGCUCGGGCACAAAGAGCUACAAGAUCCCGCCCCCACAGUGCAUGCGCGAAGGAAACAAGAAGACCGUCUUUGCCAACCUUGCCGAGAUUUGCAAGCGUAUGAAGCGUUCUGACGAGCACGUUGCUCAGUUCCUGUUCGCUGAAUUGGGUACGAGCGGUUCGUUCGCCGACCAGAAGCGCUUGGUCAUCAAGGGUCGUUUCCAGCAGAAGCAACUCGAGAACGUCCUCCGACGAUACAUUGUCGAAUACGUUACCUGCAAGACCUGCCGCUCGCCUGACACCGAUCUCUCCAAGGGUGAGAACCGUCUCAACUUCGUCACUUGCAACAGCUGCGGAUCGAGACGUUCGGUACAGGCCAUCAAGACUGGUUUCUCGGCCCAGAUCGGAAAGAGGCGGAGAAUGGUGGGUUAG